AUGGUGAGAAAUUAUAAAAGAAAAACAACAAAGAGUUCCUAUAGCAAGGAUAAGUUGCAUGCAGCUGUACUGGCAGUCCGAAAUGGUACAUUAACUGGAUAUAAAGCAGCGCAACUCUACCAAAUUCCACGGAUGACCAUCAUGGACCAUGUCCACAAAAAAAGUUCUUCAAGUACACUAGGGAGAAAAACUACUCUGCCUUUGUUGAUUGAACAAAAUCUCGCUUCCUGCCUCCGUACAUUGGAAAAAUAUGGUUUUGGCCUUAGUAGGACAGAAGUUUCCCAGAUGGUUGGAGAAUAUGUAAAACAGAACAAUCUAUCAACUUGUUUUAAAAAUGGAAUACCGGGAAAGGACUGGUUGGCCUCAUUUCAAAAUCGACAUAACCUUUCGGUUAAAAAACCACAGGCUCUUGAAUACGCUCGGAAAACAGCGGUUGAUCCAUUUGUGGUUUAUGAGUACUUUGAUUUACUCAAAACAACUAUAGUGGAAUUAGGUUUAGCAGACAAGCCUACUGCAAUCUGGAACUUAGAUGAGACCAGUUUUUCAAAAGACCCUUCGAAAACCAAAAUUGUAGGUCUCAAAGGCCAUGCAGCAACGAGAGUUAUAGCAACACCUGGGAGAGAUAAUACGACGGUGUUACUAGGUGCAAGUGCGAUUGGAGAAAAAACACCUCUCCUGAUUGUCUUCAAAGGAAAAUAUGUUUGGAACGAGUGGACUUCGCCUGAUGCAUUUCAAGGUACGACAUAUGCCGCCACAAAAAAUGGCUGGAUGCAGACAGAAGUAUUUGAAGCCUUCUUUAAAAAAUCUUUUUUGCCGAAGAUUGACGAUCAACAUCCAGUCUACUUAUUUAUGACGGCCACUCAACCCAUGUGGGUUUGA